AUGCAACUCCAUUGGAUCGUUACUCUGCUUUUCGCCAGCUCUGCGAUUGCCGGUGUGGUAGACACCUUUGCUGCGCCUGGAAUGUCUGAAGCACUUGGAAUCAGAGACGUAAGCCUCGCCCUGUUUGUCUGCCAACCUACAGCAAGUUCGAAAGACUUGGACUUGACAAUCAAUAGCCUGGCAGAUGUCAUGCCGGCCGCCACUGUGAUGAUAAGAAAGUGUGUGGCACACGCCCUGGAUGUAUAUGCUACCGCCAUCGAUGCGGAUAGACCGGAUUAUACAUACCCUCGUAUGGGGAAUGGUACUUUCGGCAAUUGGAGCUACGCUUUGGAGAAACUAGAUCUCGGGAUUUGUUCAUAA